AUGCCUACAAAAGAGCAAAUGGGUGAAAAUUUUCUUACAACCUUAUCCAUGGACAGCAAUCAUUUGUCCACACUCUUGUCUAUGGACUCAAGCUCAUUGACUCACGAUGAAAUAGAGAGAGAGUUGAAUCUGGCGGUUAAUCUUUUGCAGCCACCUCCUGAUAUCAAUCUCCCGCUUUCAGCUGAGCCGAGCCCUUUGCCCCAUAAUUCUUGGAACGAUGCUUGUGAAAUGCUAGAGGUCAGUCUUGGACCCCAGCAUUAUGAGGUUGAGAUGAAUACUAACAGUGUCCCCAAGGGUGGGAAGAAAUGUGCAAAUGCAAAGCGGCUUGAUAGUGUUUGGGGCGCUUGGUUUUUCUUCAGUUUCUAUUUUAGACCCGUUUUGAAUGAAAAGUCCAAGGGAAAACUUGCUCGUGAGUGUAAUGGGGUUUGCAGUGGGUAUGAUAAGUCAGAUUUGAAGCUGGAUGUUUUCUUGGUUCAACACGAUAUGGAGAAUAUUUACAUGUGGGUUUUUAAGGAGAGACCAGAAAAUGCAUUGGGGAAGAUGCAGUUGAGAAGCUAUAUGAAUGGGCAUUCACGCCAAGGGGAGCGACCGUUUCCAUUUAGUGUGGAAAAAGGUUUUGUUCGAUCCCACAAAAUGCAGAGAAAGCAGUACAGGGGUCUUUCUAACCCCCAAUGUGUUCAUGGCAUUGAAAUUGUUCCAUCUCCUAAUCUUAUGGGGCUUGAUGAGGAUGAGCGCAAGAAAUGGAUGAAACUUACCGGCAGAGAUGUGAACUUCUCAAUCCCUCUUGAAGCCAGUGAUUUUGGCUCUUGGAGAAAUCUUCUUAAUGCAGAAUUUGAGCUUGAGAGGCCUUUGCAGUUUAAAGAUAAUUUAAAUCCCCACUUGAAAAAAUUGCUCAAUGGCUCUGGUUUAAAUUUGUCAACUCAUGCACCCAACCACAUAACUACCGAAAGAAUGGACCUUUUGAGAGUGUGCAAUAAGAGUAAGAAAAGUUUCUCCCAACGAGGUAAUGAUGAUGAUUGCUGUUUGCCUAAUGAUUCCCACUCCGAUAAAGUCUUGGACAUCCAUGUGAUUGAGCCUCCAUGGUUAAGUGAGUUUUCUGGAGUUAUGAGGAGCGCAUAUGGGCCAGUAACUGCAGCAAAAACUAUUUACGAGGAUGAUGAGGGAUUUUUGAUUGUUGUCAGCAUGCCUUUUGCAGAUCUUCAAAGGGUGAAAGUUACAUGGAGGAACAAUCUCACGCAUGGAAUUGUAAAGAUAUCUUGUGUGAGCACUGGGUGCGUGCCAAUAAUUAAGAGGCAAGACAGGACGUUUAGGCUAACAGAUCCAGCCCCUGAGCACUGCCCUCAAGGAGAGUUUAUUAGAGAAAUUUCUCUUCCAACACGUAUUCCUGAAGACGCUAAAUUAGAAGCAUAUGGUGACUCAACUGGGACUAUGCUUGAGAUUCUUGUGCCCAAACAUCGUGUUGGACCAGAAGAGCAUGAGGUUCGUGUGUGCCUUCGCCCAUCUCCUUGGAGUGAACGGACAUAUGUUGAUUUAACUGAAGCGUUGGUUUAA